GUUUUUGAAAGCGUAAUUACCUGGGUAAAACAUGAUUCGAAAUCAAGAGAAUGUAUUUUACCCCGAUUAAUGGAACAUGUACGUUUAGCAUUAACAUCAAAUGAUUACAUAAAAAAAAAAGUAGCUAAGGAUACCCUUAUAAAGAAUUGUCUUGAAUGUAAACGUUACGUAUUUGAGGCAUUAAAAACACUCAAAGGAGAAGAGCUUAUCCCACAAAGCAUAAGAAAUAGACCAAGGCAUGGAGAUAAGGUUAUAUUAGUUGUUGGUGGAAUUCAGACUGGAUUAAGUAAAACUUUAGAAUAUUUCGAUCCAAUGACAGAAAAAUGGCAUUUUGGCCCGGAAUUAUUUACCAAUCAUAGACGACAUAGUCUAGUCGUAAUUAAAGACAAUUUGGUAUUUGAUGUGGGUGGUUAUGAAAUUGGUUUAUCACCUUUUCGGUGUGUUCACAUGCUAGAUAUAACUGAAAAUCCACCACAUUGGCAACUAACUGACGACCUGUUAGUUGAACGACAAUUUUUAGGUGUUGGUGUAAUAAAUGAUAAUAUCUAUGCU